UAUAUCUAUACUUGUAUCACUGUUUUAUUCAUAUGAGUUUCCGUAUCAAAGUUGGUAUUCAAGAGUUUUUGCAUGAAGUGUUAUUGAAAUUUGAAAAGGUGGCAAAUUAUAGAGAGAAAGGAAAAGAGCUUGACAACAAUAUUGAAGAAGAAGGAGCAGAAGGACAAGAUUUAAGGUUGUCAAUGCCAAUGAUGUUUCCUGGUUUUCAUAGAGAAGGAGAAAUGUCAGCUAUGGUGUCUGCUUUAACACAUGUGAUAUGUGGUGAUCAGAACAAUGAUGAUUUUAGUGUUCUGAAUCAGAAUAUGAAUCAAACUGCAUUUGAUCAAGGUGAUGGUAUAGAUAUCAACCCUUUUGUUUCGGCAACAACAUCUUCAACUUCUUUAUCUUAUGGUGAUAGUUCUGCUCUCAAGAGAAGACGAGAAGAUGGUGGAUUCUUUCAUAAUUCAUCCUCUGCUUUUCCCCCAAAUAAACACCAAGAAUGUUCGAGCAACUGGACAAACACAAUAACAACAGAAAGGAGUCAAAUAUCAGAGCCUAUAUAUGAAUACAGAAUAGACAAUAACAAUGUGAAAAAUGAAGAUCAACCAAAAAGAAAAUACAGAGGAGUGAGACAGAGGCCAUGGGGAAAAUGGGCUGCAGAGAUAAGAGAUCCAUUCAAAGCUACAAGAGUAUGGUUAGGAACAUUUGAAACAGCUGAAGAUGCAGCUAAAGCAUAUGAUCAAGCUGCAUUGCGUUUUAGAGGCAACAAAGCAAAACUCAACUUUCCUGAAAAUGUUAGGCUCAAGCAACAAUCUUUGGUUAAUCCAAUACAAUCUAGCAUUGAUCCAAGGGUUCAGGGUGAAAGUCUGCAAGGUUCAAAUAGUUCAAAAAAGUUUUAUGGUCAAAACUUUCCUGUGAGAUUAUAUGAUCAGAUUACUAUGUCAUCACCAAAUGAGAUGGCUUCUCUUCAAACUUCAAUGUCACCAUCAGCUUCAUAUUCUUCUUCUACUACUACUAUUGCUUCUUCUUUUAGUUCACCACAGACAACUUCGAUUCCUCCGGUUUAUACUACCGAUUUUCCAGCAUGGUCUUCUGGUUUUAACUCCUCUCCCUCAGGCUAAUAUUUAUUGUUGGGGGUGUUUAAGAGUAGGAGAGAAGAGAGGAGGCUAAUAUUGAUUUUCCAGCAUGGUCUUCUGUAAUGAUUUUACCUUAAAACUGAAGUCUUGUGUGCAUCGUUGGAUUAGAAAUUAUUUGUAUUUGUA